AUGAUACCUAUCGGAGAGACUCAAGAUGGUCGUGCUGAUAUGACCAAUUUUGAGAUGGAUCUAUUCGACACAAAGAUAAAUUCAUAUGCUCUGGAAAAGGAAGAAAGUGAACAAUGUUGUCAACAUAGUAUCAUUAAACCAGCAUGCGUUCCGGUAUCGAUUAUAUCAUUAUUUAUUUUUUUAAUUGUGUUUUUCCCAUUAUUCAAUGAAGACGGCUUUGAUACGGGAUCUGUUCGUUACGACCGGAAUGGUUAUUGUACCGAUCAAUGCAGAAUGCAGUUGGUUGAAACUAUACCAUCGAUUUUGAUUUUUGACAAUAGUAGCCUUACGAGUUUAUCAACAUACGAAGUCUGGAAAAAAUUGUUGGAUGAUGCACAAGUUUCAAUUGAUGUUGCGUCCUUCUAUUGGAAUCUCCGUGAUCCUGUAGCACAUUCGACUUCUUGGCAGGGAAAUGAUACAUUCGAAAGAUUUAUUGCAUCUGCUGAGCGUGGUGUGCGGAUACGAAUAGCACAAAAUCAACCAACCACAAUAUUUCCACAACUCGAUUCGAAAUAUUUUGCUGAGAAUGAUUCUCGGCAUGUUUACAUUGGAUCAGCUAAUAUGGAUUGGAAAUCUCUCACAGAGGUCAAAGAACUAGGCAUUGUUAUUUGGAAUUGUACUUGCAUAGCAAAUGAUUUAUAUAAAAUUUUCAAUAUUUAUUGGCGCCUCGGAGUUAGAGGAGCAAAAAUUCCAUAUAAAUGGCCAUUGAAUUUAAGAACUUAUUUCAAUUUUUCACAUCCACUUAAACUUCUUAGUGCUAAAGACGCUAGUGUGUUCAUAUCGAGUUCUCCUCCUCAAUUCAAUGCAAAAGGACGUGAAGAUGAUAGUGAUGCAAUCGUUGCAGUCAUGGAUAAUGCACAUGAAUUUGUCCAUAUAUCAGUGAUGGAUUAUAUGCCUGCAACUAUUUAUAGAACUUCUAAUAAUAACACAUAUUGGCCAAAGUUAGAUAAUGCAAUACGUGCAACAGCUUAUCGUGGAGUGAAUGUUCGGUUACUGGUGAGCCACUGGAAAUAUUCCCGACCCGAAAUGAUUUAUUUCUUGAAAUCAUUGCUAGAAAUUAAUGAUGGUAUACCUAAAAAAGCAAACCAUUCUGGAAAAAUCGAAGUAAAGCUAUUUACCAUUCCAGUGGAUCCAUCCCGCGAAGAAAUCCCGCACACUCUUGUUAAUCAUAAUAAAUUCAUGGUUACGGAGAAGAUCGCCUAUUUUGGUACAUCAAACUGGGCGGGCGACUACUUUAUCAAUACUGCUGGUGUUGGAAUUUCUUUUAUCUCGUCAACACAUGUUAAUUUGUUAAAUGAGAUUUUCGUGAGAGAUUGGGCGUCCAAAUACGCUAAAACUGUUAGGGAAUUUUUAUAA